UGGUUCCGAGUAUUGAGCAUUUUGAGAGGGAGAGGGCGAGUAGCAGCCUAGCUAGUGUGUGAACAAAUGGAUGGAGUUCAGUUAGUGGAUACCUUAUACUAACUGACAAUUUUGUUUUUCGAGGCAGUGACUUUUGACGUUUGCAAGGAUGCACUUCUCCUCCUCAGACAAUUUUCUCCUAUAAGUAAAGAGUUAACCAUUUGCUCGCCUUGCAGCUUCGAAAAGGCACCAAAUUGCACCUUGAACCAAGCAGCUAGCUAUGGCGUCUGCUGAAAGUGACAAGUACCGAUCGUUCAUGCAUGGCGAGGGCGAGAAGAGCACCGUGUGGAGGCUUGGAGCCCCUCCCAACUACGAUGUGGUCAACAAGCUCUUCGAGGAAGAGAGGACCAAGGAAUGGCCAGAGGGGUCUCUGGAGGAGAAGGUCCAGCGCUUGCUCAAGACCUGGGAGAUGGAGAUGGUCCACAAGGUGCGCCCUGAGGACCAGAAGAGCGUUCACUCCCAUGGAUUCAGCGCAAGCACCAACGGUAUGAAGCCCCUGACACGGAAUGAGAUUUCGGCCAUUGGCGGCUACAACGCGUUCCUGGCGACCACCCUGCCGCCGGAGCACCGCAUCUACGACCCGGAGAAGGAGUCCGCCGAGUCAGGCAUGUCAACGUUCCUCACGGCGUUUCCCCGAGGCUUCGCCAUCGAAGUGCUGGAUGUCUACAGCGGGCCGCCGAGGAUCGCCUUCAAGUUCAGGCACUGGGGGUACAUGGAGGGCCCGUUCAAAGACCACCCUCCUCACGGCCAGCGCGUCGAGUUCUUUGGAGUCUGCAUCUUCCAUGUUGAUGAGGACUCGAAGGUGGAGAAGGCAGAGUACUUCUACGAGCGUGGCAACUUCCUGGCGAGCUUCUUGAGCGCGCCUGCUUCUGCUCCUGCUCCUGUUGCAUCGGCUUCAGGCUGCCCUGUGAUGAGAGCAGAUUAAAGCGCAGUCGGAUUAAUGAAACAACAUGUCAUCAGGGUACAGUACAACCAGUCGAUCACCUCCAGGCUCCAGCGUCUCUGAUUGGCAUGGUUCCAUCUUGUCAAGAAAAUCUUUGAAAUAAGACAAAUAUAUUUUGAUCCAUGCAUGAUUGUCUACUUCGGUA